CGGCCGCUGGGCAAGUCACACCGAGCGGCUGCUUUCCGGGUGCCCCGACACGGACAGGGGGCGCCGCGCUCAGCUCGUUUUGCGCCAGAGCCAUGCCCGGCAGCCGCGUGUAACCGCCGAGCUUCGACCGCCGCGAGCCCACCUCGUGCACCGUCCCUCGCCCGAGCCGAGCUUUCUGUGCGCGCAACUCUCUCGGCCCCCGCCGCCCCGCACCACCAUGCCCCGGGCKACUGCCUUUGGGGCCCCGGUGUCACUGCUCCUGCCGCUCCUGCUGCUGCUGCUGUUGCCGCUGCCCCGCGGCACUGGGGGGCUGGAGGAGCGCUUGGACGUCGCCUCGGACUAUUCGGCUCUGGAAGGCGAGGAGGGUGCGGAGCAGCAGCUGGAGCAUUACCACGACCCGUGCAAAGCCGCUGUCUUCUGGGGAGACAUUGCUUUGGAUGAAGAUGAUCUGAAGUUAUUUCACAUCKACAAGGCCCAAGACUGGACCAAGCCGUCAGUGGAGGAGUCGGGUCAUAGCACGGGUGGCCUUGAAGAGCAGCCAUCUGAGAGCUGGCCAAAUGCUACCGCCUUGAAUACCAGCAGCCAGGAAGCUAGAAAGGAUGGCAAGGAGGACAUCAUGCUUCUGCACAGCACUGGGACCUUGGAUGCCACAGCCAAGACCUUCUCUGCCCGGGUCCGAAGAGCCACAACUUCAAGAACAGAGAGGAUAUGGCCUGGAGGCGUCAUCCCCUAUGUCAUCGGAGGGAACUUCACUGGCAGCCAGAGGGCCAUUUUUAAGCAGGCCAUGAGACACUGGGAAAAGCACACCUGUGUGACCUUCAUAGAGAGGACGGACGAGGAAAGCUUUAUUGUUUUCAGUUACAGGAACUGUGGCUGUUGCUCCUACGUUGGGCGUCGAGGAGGGGGACCCCAGGCCAUAUCCAUUGGCAAAAACUGUGACAAGUUUGGCAUCGUGGCUCACGAGCUGGGCCAUGUAGUUGGUUUCUGGCAUGAGCACACCCGGCCAGACAGAGAUCAGCAUGUCACCAUCAUCAGAGAAAACAUCCAGCCAGGUCAGGAGUAUAAUUUCUUAAAAAUGGAAGCUGGGGAAGUGAGCUCUCUGGGAGAGACCUACGACUUUGACAGCAUCAUGCACUACGCCCGGAACACCUUCUCAAGAGGAGUUUUCUUAGACACCAUCCUUCCCCGUCGGGAUGAUAAUGGCGUCAGACCCACCAUUGGCCAGCGUGUGCGUCUCAGUCAGGGAGACAUAGCUCAAGCCCGGAAGCUGUAUAAAUGCCCAGCAUGUGGGGAGACCCUGCAGGACACAACAGGAAACUUUUCUGCACCUGGUUUCCCAAACGGCUACCCUUCUUACUCUCACUGCGUCUGGAGGAUCUCUGUCACUCCAGGCGAAAAGAUCAUCCUGAACUUCACAUCCAUGGAUCUGUUUAAGAGCCGCCUGUGCUGGUAUGAUUACGUGGAGGUCCGGGAUGGUUACUGGAGAAAAGCCCCCCUCUUGGGUAGGUUUUGUGGCGAUAAAGUCCCAGAGCCCGUGGUCUCCACCGACAGCCGGCUCUGGGUAGAGUUCCGCAGCAGCAGCAACAUCCUGGGCAAAGGCUUCUUCGCAGUGUAUGAAGCUACCUGUGGAGGAGACAUUAACAAAGAUGCCGGCCAGAUCCAAUCUCCCAACUACCCAGAUGACUACAGGCCUUCCAAGGAAUGUGUGUGGAGGAUCACGGUUUCUGAGGGGUUCCACGUGGGACUUACCUUCCAAGCUUUCGAGAUUGAAAGGCAUGACAGCUGCGCCUACGACUACCUGGAGAUCCGGGAUGGCCCCACGGAAGACAGCGCCCUGAUUGGCCACUUCUGUGGCUACGAGAAGCCCGAGGAUGUGAAAUCGAGCUCCAACAGACUGUGGAUGAAGUUUGUGUCCGAUGGUUCCAUCAACAAGGCGGGGUUUGCGGCCAAUUUUUUCAAGGAGGUGGAUGAAUGCUCCAGGCCUGAGCACGGUGGGUGCGAGCAGCGCUGUGUGAACACACUGGGUAGCUACAAGUGUGCCUGCGACCCCGGCUAUGAGCUGGCCACGGACAAGAAGACAUGUGAAGUGGCCUGUGGCGGUUUCAUUACCAAGCUGAACGGAACCAUCACCAGCCCUGGGUGGCCCAAGGAGUAUCCCACAAACAAAAACUGUGUCUGGCAGGUGGUGGCCCCUGUUCAGUACCGCAUCUCCCUGCAGUUCGAAGUGUUUGAACUGGAAGGCAAUGACGUCUGCAAGUACGACUUUGUGGAGGUACGCAGUGGCCUGUCCCCUGACGCCAGGCUGCAUGGCAAGUUCUGUGGCUCAGAGACUCCCGAGGUCAUCACCUCGCAGAGCAACAACAUGCGUGUGGAGUUCAAGUCUGACAACACCGUCUCCAAACGCGGCUUCAGGGCCCACUUCUUCUCAGACAAGGACGAGUGCGCCAAGGACAAUGGUGGCUGCCAGCAUGAGUGCGUCAACACGUUUGGAAGCUACUUGUGCAGGUGCAGGAACGGCUACCGGCUGCAUGAGAAUGGACACGACUGUAAAGAGGCUGGCUGUGCGCACAAGAUCAGCAGUGCAGAGGGGACCCUGGCAAGCCCCAACUGGCCUGAUAAAUACCCCAGCCGGAGGGAGUGUACCUGGAACAUCUCUUCAACCGCAGGCCACAGGGUGAAACUCACAUUCAAUGAGUUUGAGAUCGAGCAGCACCAGGAAUGUGCCUAUGACCACCUGGAGAUGUACGAUGGGCCCGACACCCUGGCCCCCAUCCUUGGCCGCUUCUGCGGCAGCAAAAAACCAGACCCCGUGGUGGCUUCCGGAAGCAGCCUGUUUCUCAGGUUUUAUUCGGAUGCCUCCGUGCAGAGGAAAGGCUUCCAGGCAGCCUACAGCACAGAGUGUGGGGGCAGGCUGAAGGCCGAAGUGCAGACCAAAGAGCUGUAUUCCCAUGCCCAGUUUGGGGACAACAACUACCCAAGCCAGGCCCACUGUGACUGGGUGAUCGUGGCAGAGGACGGCUACGGCGUGGAGCUGAUAUUCCGGACCUUUGAGGUGGAGGAGGAGGCCGACUGUGGCUAUGACUACAUGGAGGCCUACGACGGCUACGACAGCUCAGCACCCAGGCUCGGCCGCUUCUGUGGCUCAGGGCCACUGGAAGAGAUCUACUCUGCAGGGGAUUCCUUGAUGAUUCGCUUCCACACGGAUGACACCAUCAACAAGAAAGGCUUUCAUGCUCGAUAUACCAGCACCAAGUUCCAGGAUGCCCUGCACAUGAAGAAAUAAUGCCCACGUCCUCGAAAGAUAGGAACUGAGAAUGUUCUUACAACAGCAGCACCUGGCAAAUCAGCCCUAAAA